AUGAACUUGGAUGACGAGAAAAAGGCAUUCCACUAUGCUGUUUACGAUACAGUAUCUAGAAUUCCUCAUGGAAACGUUACUACGUAUGGGCAUAUAGCUUAUCUUAUUGGCCGCCCUCAGAACUCUCGUCAAGUGGGUUCCUCACUCAAGCAUCUUCGUUAUAUCCGAGAACGAUUGAACCAAGAAGGUGCUGGUUUGGGAGAAGUCCCGUGGUGGAGAGUGGUGAAUAGCGCUGGCAUCAUAUCUCCCCGAAAUUUCGGUGAGUUUGAGCAGGCAACUUUGCUACGAGGAGAGGGCGUGGUGGUGCUGGAGCGGCACAAAAUGGACCUAGAACAGUACGGCUGGUUCCCAGACGAUGUCGAAUAA